CCGCGUGCCACUGCGACUGCGCGCGCGCGGAAGGCAAGGGCGCGUGGGCAGCGCGCGGCGCGGCCGUUUCGGGCGGUGGGCGAGCGGCGCGUGCGGCCAGCGUCCCGCCCCUUCCCGCGGCCCGUCACGUGACGCAGGUUUAGCGUUUACGUUCGAAACGGGCGCCCCCACGCACCCUCCUCUUCCCCCCCCCCUCCCCCCGCGCGCGCCGCCCGGCGGUGACCGUUUCGCUUUCAUUUCCGGGCGGCUGAGGGCGCAGAGCGGCGGCGCGGAGCGGCCCGCACCCCCCGCCCCGCUCCCCCUCCGCGGCCCCACCCCCUCGGGCUCGGAGUGAACCGAGAUUCCCCUUCCCCUCCCCCGCCCCGGCACACACACACACCCACCCCUCCUCCUCUUUCCCCUCCUGCACCGAGAGAAAGGGAAGGGAGGAGGCGCCGGGCCUGGGUCUCCCGCACCGAGCCGCCGCGGCACAACAUGGAGGAGCUGGUGGUGGAGGUGCGGGGCUCCAACGGGGCCUUCUACAAGGCAUUUGUAAAAGACGUGCAUGACGAUUCUAUAACAGUUGCAUUUGAAAACAACUGGCAACCAGAGCGACAAAUACCAUUCCAUGAUGUGAGGUUUCCGCCACCUGCAGGUUAUAAUAAAGAUAUAAAUGAAAGCGAUGAAGUAGAGGUUUAUUCCAGGGCAAAUGAAAAAGAACCCUGCUGUUGGUGGUUGGCUAAAGUGAGAAUGAUAAAGGGUGAGUUCUACGUAAUAGAAUAUGCAGCCUGUGAUGCUACAUACAACGAAAUUGUCACAAUUGAACGUUUGAGAUCUGUGAACCCCAAUAAACCUGCAACAAAAGAUACUUUUCAUAAAAUCAAACUGGCAGUUCCAGAAGAUUUAAGGCAAAUGUGUGCCAAAGAAUCUGCACAUAAGGACUUCAAAAAGGCAGUUGGAGCUUUUUCUGUAACAUAUGAUUCUGAAAACCACCAACUUAUUAUUUUGUCAAUCAAUGAUGUAACAACAAAGCGGGCAAACAUGCUGAUUGAUAUGCACUUUCGAAGUCUUCGUACCAAGCUAUCCCUGAUACUGCGAAAUGAAGAAGCUAGCAAACAGCUGGAGAGUUCUAGACAACUUGCGUCACGAUUUCAUGAACAGUUUGUUGUACGUGAAGACCUAAUGGGUUUGGCCAUAGGCACUCAUGGUGCUAAUAUUCAGCAAGCCAGAAAGGUCCCAGGAGUGACUGCCAUUGAUCUUGAUGAGGAUACUUGCACAUUCCAUAUUUAUGGAGAGGAUCAAGAUGCAGUGAAAAAGGCAAGAAGUUACCUUGAAUUUGCUGAAGAUGUCAUACAAGUCCCAAGAAAUUUAGUAGGAAAAGUAAUAGGAAAAAAUGGAAAACUGAUUCAGGAGAUAGUGGACAAAUCUGGUGUUGUAAGAGUGAGAAUUGAGGCUGAAAACGAUAAAAAUAUUCCACAAGAAGAGGGAAUGGUACCAUUUGUGUUCGUGGGAACAAAGGACAGCAUCACUAAUGCGACUGUUCUUCUGGAUUAUCAUCUUAAUUAUUUAAAGGAAGUGGACCAGCUGCGUUUGGAAAGAUUGCAAAUUGAUGAGCAGCUUCGACAGAUUGGAGCUACUUCUAGGCCACCAUCAAAUCGCACAGAUAAGGAAAAAGGGUACAUGGCUGAUGAUGGGCCAGGACUCGGCCGGGGUAGUCGGCCUUACAGAAACAGAGGCCACAGCAGACGCGGUCCAGGUUAUGCUUCAGGAACUAAUUCUGAAGCAUCAAAUGCUUCUGAAACAGAAUCUGAUCACAGAGAUGAACUUAGCGAUUGGUCGGCAGCCCCAGCAGAAGAGGAGCGAGACAACUACCUUCGUAGAGGAGACGGGCGAAGACGUGGUGGUGGUGCGAGAGGGCAAGGAGGGAGGGGUCGUGGAGGAUUCAAAGGAAAUGAUGAACAGUCACGAACAGAUAACCGUCAGCGUAACUCAAGAGAUGCAAAAGGGAGAACAGCAGAUGGAUCUCUUGAGCUUAUAUUUCUUACUGCGUUGUGUCUUGUUCUCUGUCGCCUAUAUGCCUGAGGGAGGAGAAUCGUUAACGCUUUUUAUAAAGAGAGUGUGUUGUAGCCAGAAUCUUCAGAGUAAGAAAGAUUAAACUUCAGAAACUACCUUCACUACUAAAUGAAACAUUUACAAUUGAAGGCUAUGCAAUCUAGAAAGUAAGUUAAAAAUACACAUCAAGAAACUGUUCAAGUCAUAUUGAAAUAUUUUAUAACCUUUAAUGAUUUGUAGUAUUUGAUAAAGAUACUUUUACUUUCUUUUUUCAAGUAUGUUUUGUUGUGUAAAGUUUUUCAGGCUGAUAUUUUCUGCGUAUACACAAAGUUUCCCCACAUGGAAACUAUUCUUAUUUCAAAUGAUAACAUGCAAACCUUCUACCAUCUCUUCCUGCAUAGGAUGAGUUAUAUUGUGAGGAAGAAAUAGGAGCCGCUGCAAGCGGCUGCCUUCUGUGUGGUGUUACCAGGAGCUGUGGUUCUGAUGGGAGAUUGAGAUGGCUCUUGGUUUGGUGUUAGAAAACCUGCUGAAAAAAGGAGGGGGAAAAAUUGGAACAAGUGACCAAAUGCUUAGUUUUCCAAGUGGCAGUGCUCAACUUGGAAGUGUAGUACUCGAAUAUGCAUCUGAAAUGCAAGCAGCUGACAUGCCAGAAAUAUUUUCUAUUUUUCAUAGUUGAUCAGUAAUUAACUUAAAGUUUGAAGUCGACAAUGCAAAAGUGCAGUGCUGAAAAAGAAAGGCAUGUUAUCAACAAGUCUUUUUUCUGUUACUCUGAGAUUUGGAUGAGAUACUUUAUAUGAAAAUAAGCAUCUGUGUAUUGUUUAACCUGACUGAUCUAAUUGUAAAGACUUUGUAAUAUUUCAAGGAGUAAGGACUUACCCUCUUUACAAGCAUAAAAAUUUUGCUUUCAGAUUGCUUUUUUCAAUGUUUUAUUUUUAUGACCAGUUAAAAAGACCACAGAAAUCUGUUUGGUCGAUUAAAUGAGACAUUUUUUCAAAUUCAAAAGUAGAUUUUUUUGAGUGUUCAUAUCAUUUCAUGAGCAACUUUUCUGUGUUCAUUUUUUUCCAAAAAAAUGUUUAUACGUGUAUACAGCAAGUAGAAAGUCGAACUAUUUAAAGUGAAAUGAUGCUGUUAGUUCUUGAGCUUUCUCUUGCACGAACACACAGGAAAAUGUAGCUUCCAAGUCUAGGUGAAUGGGAGGAUUUUUGGGUUUAGGUCACAAGUAUGUGGCAUUUUUGAACAGAAAAAAAACGCACACACUCUCCAUUUCAGCUGGACACAUUUAACAAAGCCAUAAGGGUGUGCAACCCUUUAAAUAUUCUGACUAUUUAGUAAAUAGUCCUCCUCCCAGGCUGCCAAGGUAGCACAUGCGUAAGGGGUGGAUGGAAGGAAGAGGGUGCUUUAUAUAACUCUAACUUGUUCCAGAUCAGAAUUGACUGCAAUAAUGAAAGGAGUGUCCACACUAAAACAUUACAGAAUACCUCCAGUGAAGGUAGUCGGCUGCGCACGGGUAAA